AUGGAUAUCGAAGGUCAACACGGUAAUUAAGGUGAAUUAGCAGGAAAUAUUUAGUUGUUAGAUAACGAAUAGCCUUAGGGUAUUUCUAGCGCUUAAUACUAAAAGUCUGAAUAAAAGGCCACAUCAACUCUUGAUGAACCCGUUUCAGAAACAAUUCUUAGAGAUUUGAGAAUGAUUGGAUACAAAUUGAAAUACGUUUUACUUCCUAAAAUGAAAGAAGAUAAAGGAAAAGAAUUGAGAAAUUGGGAUUUAUGGGGACCUCUUCUAUUGUGCUUAUGUCUUGCCAUCACUUUAAGUAUUGCCACUUCUAGCCAAGCUGAAACAGUUUUUGCCAUUAUUUUUGUAGUUGUUUGGAUAGGUGCUGGUGUAGUUACACUCAAUGCUAAGUUAUUAGGUGGAAAAAUUUCCUUCUUCUAGUCUGUAUGUGUAUUGGGAUAUUGCAUUUUUCCUAUUAAUAUAGCUUCCUUUAUUUCCUUAUUUUUACCUAAAGGAUAUACUGUGUUAUUUAUAGUUAAGGCAUGUAUUUGUGGUUUGAGCUUCUUAUGGUCUACAAGAGCUUCAGUACCAUUCAUGGGAACCUUAGUAAGUGAAGAAAAGAAAUUUUUGGCUGUUUACCCUGUAUUUUUAUUCUAUCUUUUCUUGAGUUGGUUUGCUUUAGUUGCCUGA